CGAAACGAGACUCAUUGUAAUCAAUAAUGGACAUCGUUGUAGGUCCUUGUUCCCGUCAAACAAUAAUCAGUCCUUAUUGUAUUAUUGUUGAUGUUAAUGGUCUCAUCAACAAUUGGCGAUAAAUUAGAGACGAUUGUGCCUGCAUACUUCCGCUCGCUGCAAGAGCCAGUUCUUAUUAAUUUUCCUAAGCGAAAUAAUCUUACGAGAGGUGCUAUGGCCCAGCGAUUUUAUUUACCACCGGAAGUGCCUAGUGUUUUACGUCCGGAAAUCAUCGACAACAAAUUAAGAAGUUCUUCAUGGAUUCAUUUUCAUAAAUUAUCAUCACAACCAAAUUUGAAUUUACAAACACCAUUUCAAAUUGAUCAGGAGGAUAAUUUCUAUAAAUUUGGUAGACCUCAACAAAUAACUGAUGAUUCCAACACUGAAUUUGUCAAGGUCAAUGAAAUGUCCUGCAGAAAUUCUGACGAUGAAAUUUAUUUCAGAGUGUCCUUGACACCAUUGAGGAGGACAGGUCAACCAAUAAUAGAGAACACUGGUAGCGAUAGUUGCGAAAUCAAAAAUUUACAAAACGAAUAUAAAAUUGAUUUGGAUGGUAAUCAAUUUUGGAAUUGUGGUGUCACGGAAUGUUCGAAUGGAUCGGAUUCGAGUUAUUGUCUAAAUCUCCGAUUCCCUUUGAUAACUGGUUUAAAAUUGAAGGAGGAUUUCAAAAUUACUUUGCAGUGCAGAGGUCAAGAUAAAAUUGUUUCACAUGUGAAGAAAAUCAGCAUUAAUUCCUUAGACACAACAGGAAAAAUGUUACCGAAAAUUGAAACAGGUGGAUAUAAAAGCGAUUUCCAGACUGAUGUGGCCCUUUAUAGAAAGACUUUCAAUUCGGAAAAUGUUUUCGACACUCGAAUUGAAUCAGGAGGAACUGUCAUUUUAGGCGAAGAAAUUUUACUUCGUGUCUUGGUUCGCGAAGGCGAUGGUUGGCAGUACUCGAAAAUCAGCGACGUGACAAUUUAUUUCGUGGAAAGAAGGCAGAGAAGAAAAAUAAUGAACAGCGUUUCAAUUUUAGAUACAAAUGGUUGUUUGAAUCCAGAAAUUAGAUCAGUAUGUUCACGUGAACAAUACAGAGUGUCACCUUUGGAGAGUUAUUUGCUUUUUAAAGCAUUUAUGUUUGAAAAUAUGAAGGAGAACGACGAGAUGAUAAUAAGCGUGAAGGUAAUUGGAUGUCUGGAUGGAGCUGAUUGCAUUCUAAAUUGUCCGGCGGGUCACUUGAGGUCGAAAAGAAAUACUCCCAGUCAACGAAAUCAAACUAUUAAAUUUGAGAAUGACAUUGAAUUUAAAGUCAUUUUACCAACGACAGAGGAGCACGCGAUGGAUUUAAGUAUCAUUAUUUACAUUCUCUCCGCUUUGAUAUUAAUAUCCAUUGUUAUUUUAAUUUAUGUUGUUACGGAAUUUAUCAAACAGAACUAUCACAGAUCUAAUUCAUCUAAUUUAACGUAACAUUUUUAUCUUGAAUUUAGUUCGAUAACUAGAAUUAAUC